AUGUAUGUUACUAGCCAGCUUCUAUUGACAGCCAUCAGCAUUGACAGGUGUGUGUCCAUCCUCUUCCCGAUUUGGUACCGAUGCCACCGGACGACCCACUGGUCCACCAUGGUGUGUGCCUUAAUAUGGGCUCUCACCUGCCUGCCUACAGCAACACCCUUUUGCUGCUUAUGUGCCUUUCUAAACAGCUGUGUCAACCCCAUGAUCUAUUACAUGGUUGGGAGAAAGAAGGGGGCUCAAAGAAGAGAGAACCUGAAGGUCAUACUCCAAAGGGCUUUCAAGGAGGAGAAAGAGUAUAGAGAGGAAAAAGGUACCACAGCUCAGACAGCUAUUCCUUCAGAGUAG